AUGGUUGAAGCUGAGGAGGAGUAUUUGGAGCAAAUGGAAAUUUUGGUGACAUGCUUCCUGCGGCCAUUCAAAAUGGCGGCGAGUUCUAAAAAGCCACCGUGCACCCACGAGGACGUCAACUCGAUAUUUCUGAACAGCGAAACGGUUCUGUUCCUGCAUCAGAUCUUCUUCAAGGGCCUCACAUCCAGGAUGGAGUCCUGGCCGACGCUGGUGCUAGGAGACCUAUUCGACAUGCUGUUGCCGAUGCUGACGAUAUACCAGGAGUACGUCCGCAACCACCACUACUCGCUGCAAGUGCUGACGGAGUGCAAGCAGACCCAGCCCUUCGCUCAGCUAUUGGCGCGGCUGGAGAGCAAGCCCGCCUGCCAGAGCCGCUCCUUGGAGACGUUCCUCACGUACCCCAUGCACCAGAUACCCCGUUACAUCAUCACACUCCAUGAGCUUUUGGCGCACACACCCCACGACCACGUGGAGCGCCGGAGUCUGCAACACGCGCGAGCCCAGUUGGAGGAGCUCUCCAGACAAAUGCAUGACGAGGUCAGCGAGACUGAGAACUUGAGGAAGAAUUUAGCGGUGGAGCGGAUGAUCAUCGAGGGGUGCGAUAUACUCUUGGACGUGAAUCAAGUGUUCAUACGACAAGGAACCCUAUCGCAAGUGGUGGGCAAGGGUCGCAGGGCAUCUUUGCAGUCGCGCCAGGCGUUCCUCUUCAGCAACCACCUGCUGUUGACCACGCGGGCUACUGGAGGCCGCCUCCACCUGCCACCUAAUGCAAGACUGCCCCUUCACGACGCGUUGCUGGUCGAGGAUCCUUCCAACCACGAUGACGAUGAUUCGUCUUCUGUGUGCUCAUCGCCCGGAGGCGACCCAUACCAGGGCAAGGACUUCAAGAUAUUGGUCGAAGUUAAGGGGGAGCAAAUCUGUGCCCACUUAGUGGCGGCCACGCUCGAGGAGAAGGCGGCGUGGACGAGCGAGCUCGCGCAGUGCAUGGAGAGCGCCGCGCUGACGGAGCUGCUGCGCGCGUGCGGCUCGUGCGGCGCCGCGUCCGCCAGCCUGCCCGCGUGCCGCUCCGACCGCGCGCUCUUCACCGACGACGUCGACAUCCGCUUCAGCCGCACGCUCAACUCGUGCAAGGUGCCGCAGAUACGCUCCGCGACGCCGCAGCGCCUGCUGCAGCGGCUCACCGAUCUGCGUUUCCUCUCGGUUGACUUCUUAAACACGUUCCUACUGACUUACCGCGUGUUCACCGACGGCGUGACCGUGUUGGAAGCUCUGAAGCAGGUGUUCUACGAGCAGUCACAGCAGGAGAUGGAACUGGCGCCGCCGCCGGACACCGCGAGGAAGACCAGCGCGGCAAGCACCGUCUCGGGCUACGGUUCUGAGUACAGCGAUCGCGACUGGCAGUCGAGGUUUUGGAAGGCGUCGAGGAAAAGUGAAGACGAGGACAAACUGUCUCCUUAUUUAAUGGCACCUUCGCGUCGCACGUCCACCGUAAGCAAGGUGGAAGAGGACAACAGUCAUUUGACUAUACCGAAGAUAAUGGCAACUUCUUCGAGCAAUGAGACGCUGAAAGCCCGAGAAAAAUCUCCCACGAAAGACAACGACGCCGCCGCCGCCGCCAUCACGAAGGUCGAGAGCAUCGAACUGGUGGACCAGAGCGACGAAGACGUCAAAUACAAAGAAGAGGAGCAGGAGAAGAACAAGCCCAAGCCAGAGGAGAAGUUCAAGAUAUCGCAGAGGUUUUCAGAGGUGCGACCGGAACGUCUU